CACAGAUGUAAAACUAUUUCUCAUUGGUUGAGACUACAACUUAUAUUUACCUCUGUCAACCCGGAGCACGUUAUUGAGUGACGUAGUACUCUUUCCAUGUGAGGAGCUGAAAUGGCUGAACAAAUGGAGGCAACACCUACGGUUAAUCCAAGUGGAGAUGGAAGUGGUGAAGGUGGCAGCAAACCUAAUGGACAUGUUGCUGCAGAGGACAUGACUUCCAAAGAUUAUUACUUUGAUUCUUAUGCCCACUUUGGAAUACAUGAGGAAAUGCUGAAGGAUGAGGUCAGAACAAGAACCUACAGAAACUCCAUGUACUACAAUAAACACCUAUUCAAAGGCAAAACUGUCCUGGAUGUAGGAAGUGGAACAGGCAUCCUUUGCAUGUUUGCUGCUAAAGCUGGUGCUGCCAGAGUCAUUGGUAUUGAAUGUUCCAGUAUUAUUGACUACAGUCAAAAGAUCAUCACUGCAAAUAAUCUUGAUCAUAUUAUUACCCUUGUGCGUGGGAAGGUUGAAGAAGUCGUCCUACCAGAUGGCAUUGAGAAGGUUGACAUCAUAAUUAGUGAAUGGAUGGGCUAUUGCCUUUUCUAUGAAUCCAUGCUCAAGACUGUUCUCUAUGCCAGGGACAAGUGGCUGGCACCAGGAGGCUUGAUAUUUCCCGACAGAGCUACUCUUUUUAUUACCGCGAUUGAAGACAGACAGUACAAAGAUGAGAAGAUAAAUUGGUGGAACUGUGUGUAUGGGUUUGACAUGAGUGUAAUCCGUGAGGUUGCUGUGUGUGAGCCUUUGGUGGAUGUUGUUGAUCCCAAGCAGGUCGUUACAAAUUCUUGUUUGAUCAAGGAGGUGGAUAUGUACACAAUCAAAGAGGAGGACCUCUCUUUCUCUGCUCCCUUUCAUCUACAAGUGCGCCGAAAUGACUACUUGCAUGCUCUGGUUACAUUUUUCAACAUAGAGUUUACCAAAUGUCACAAACUGACUGGCUUCUCAACAGCACCUGAAGCACCAUAUACCCACUGGAAGCAAACGGUGUUCUAUCUAGGAGAGCAUGAUUUGACUGUCAAAAAGCAUGAAGAAAUUGACGGGGUUUUCAGCAUGAGACCAAACAAAUCCAAUGUUCGAGACUUGGAUUUUACCAUUGACCUGGACUUCCAUGGAGAAUUGUCAGAAGUUACAACCACCCUUAAUUACAAAAUGCGCUAGUAGAGACUAAAAAACUGCAGAUGGGAUCAUUUUGAGUUAUCUGAGAACACCAGAAAAAAUCCUGAAGGAUAUUCCUGUUGCUUUGUGCCAGAAUGAUGUGAUGGGCAUACAGAGCAAGGGUAUGCAAAAGGGUUUUUUUUCACGAACUAUGGUUUGAAACUGGUGGGUUAGCUAACACAUAGAUAUAGAGCUGUCUGCCUAAUAUGUGUGCUGGACCACAUUCUGCAGUAUUUUACUUCCAAGAACAAAUUGCCUGCAUGUAGGGAUGGAAAGAGGGAGGUACUAUAAAAGAAAUGCCCAUUUAUUGUUUUGCUUCUAAAGACCGUGAAUUGUAAGUCAUCAUUGAAAAAUAAAAAGCAUUUAAAAUUUUUUUUUCCAUUUGUGCUGCUACUUCUGACGACUGGCUUUAUUAGUUUUUCUCUUUUUUAUUGCCUGAAAUUUUUAUCUUAUUGUUUAUACUUCUUAUAGACUUAUUUCUGAAUAUUGAUGUUUCUCAUGUCCAUCUCCACAUCUCAGGAUACUUGGUCACUACACGUCUAUCAAUAGACUGCAUCUAGGGUAAUUAACUGUAAUCGAGAUCAAUAUCAGGGGCAACAGGCAAAGGUUUAUGUUAACUUUAGUUUGGGGUUGGUUUAUAUAGCAGCAAAAUGGUUAAAAAAGUGCCCUGACUGGUAAUAACUUCAUUUGGUUUUGGUUUAUAUAGCAGCAAAAUGGUUAUCAAUUAGUCCCACUGCCCUACUAUAACCCCCUAAACAAAGUUUAAAACUGGAUAUGCAGUUUCUUUAUCAGUUUAGCCUGCCUGCUGUUAACAUCAUAUGCCGUAAGGAUGGAUUUCAAAUACAUUUUUUGCUAUUCAAUCAUGCCUUGAAAUUGUACCUAAACAAGAUAUAGGGAUGUUGAAACAGAAGCCGAGUGAUGUUACAAAAUCAAUAAAACCUUUUAACACUUAGUGCAGGGCAUAACAUUUACCUUGGUCAGUUAGAUACAUAGAAGAGGGUCAGACUUCCUUAAGCUCCUAAAUUUCAGUCGCACACGGAUUGUACUAGAGUUUAAUGGUUUUGGUUUUCACUCCAGACGGCCAGUAGUAGUUAUUCUGUAUGUUGAUUGGUUAACAUCAAUUAGCCUGAAAUGUGAAAUAAUGGGAUGUAAUUUUUUAAGCCAUGCAUUUUAUACAUUGUCAGUAUAUUCAUUUCAGAUUUUUACUGUGGUUUUAUCAGCAUUUUCUCAACUUGUGACUUCUCCAUCACAUGCUUAAAUAGUCGUAAACUGAAGAAUGGCGUGACUUUUAGCAUACCUAUUUUGUGUCUUUCAAUAAAAUUGAUGAAAGAGCUUUAAAGUAAGGAAUUUAAUGUUUAUCCUGGACGCUUCUCCCUGUCUCUGAAAGAUAUGACACUUGUAUACAGUAAAGUAUAAAGCCAUCGGUAGAAAAUAGUUCAGCUAUCAGACGCAAAAAAUGCAGUUCAUUUGACCGUCGCCAGUCAACACCAUUUGUUGCAUGUGUGGAGUCAAAAGUGUAGAAUUCAUGAAAUGUGAAUGUAACUUGCAUUAUCGAAAUAAAGUUUGCAUUAAUCUUA